AUGAGCGUUCUCGAGUCUCAGGAAGGGAGCGGUGCCCUUUCACCGCGCAGCUUCGCCCUUCAGCACGCGCGUCCUCGGAAUAGCUUUGUCGGCUGCUCCCGCAUCAGUGAUUACGAAGUUCUGGGAAAGCUAGGUGAGGGUACCUUUGGCGAGGUCCAUCGCGCGCGCUCAAAGAAGACAGGCAAAUUGGUCGCCCUCAAGAAGAUCAUCAUGCACAAUGAGAAGGAUGGGUUUCCCAUCACAGCCCUCCGUGAAAUAAGACUCUUGAAGCUGCUCAACCACCAGAACAUUUUGCGAUUAGAGGACAUGGCGGUCGAGCACCCGGCCAGGGGCAGCGACAAGCGCAAGAGGCCCAUCAUGUACAUGGUCACUCCCUACAUGGAUCACGACCUGUCUGGCCUGUUGGAAAACCCUUCUGUCCACUUUACCGAACCCCAGAUCAAGUGCUACAUGCUUCAGCUUCUCGAAGGCUUGAAAUACCUCCAUGCGAACCGCAUCCUCCACAGAGACAUGAAAGCUGCCAACCUUCUCAUCAACAAUAAAGGCAUCCUUCAGAUUGCCGAUUUCGGCCUAGCGAGACACUACGAUGGAGAGACUCCGAAGCCUGGGCAAGGUGGCGGCGAAGGCAAGCGUGAAUACACUAGCUUGGUAGUCACGCGCUGGUACCGUCCACCAGAGCUGUUGAUGCACCUCCGGCGCUAUACUACCGCGAUCGAUAUGUGGGGUGUAGGGUGUGUCUUUGGUGAGAUGCUCACUGGCAAGCCCAUUCUUGCCGGAGAGAGCGAUGGUCAUCAACUUGAGUUGAUCUUCGAGCUCUGCGGGACCCCUACCGACGACAACAUGCCUGGUUGGCGCUCUCUGCCAGGCGCAGAGAACCUGUGCCCUAGGCCCCGCCAAGGAAAUUUGGGCUAUCGGUUCAGGGAACAUGGUCCCCAAGCUGUCUCGCUCCUGAAGGAGCUCCUCAAGCUGGACUGGAAGAAGCGCAUUAACGCCAUCGAUGCGCUGCAGCAUCCCUACUUCCGCACCCCACCAUACCCGGCCAAGCCCCACGAACUCCCAGCAUUCGAAGAAAGCCACGAGCUUGAUCGUAGAAAGUUCCACGACCGUAGGGCGGCCAUGCCACCGGCUCCCAGAGGCGGUACCGUUGGCCGCGGACCCCACGACGACCGUGGCCCCGACUACCGCAACGGCGUCAACGGCGCUGGCCGCUACGGUCCCCCUCCCCGCAACAACCGCGGUCCUGCCCCUCCCGGGGAUGACCGAGUCCCCGCCUGGUAUCGCGACCGUGGCCUCCCUCCUCGCCCCCCGCCCCCCGCCGAUGGUGGUGACUACGCUGAUCCCUACCGAGAUCGUGGCCGGCCCCCUCGUGGCGGUCCCGGCGGCGGCACACGCCCCGACGUGGACACGUACAUCCCAAGCUACGAUCGCGAUCCCAGGCGCGAUGAUCGCCGUCGCAGGGACGACAUGAUGCGGGAUGACAGGCGAGGAGGUGCUGAACCAUGGGAUCGAGAUCAAUAUCGGGACCGCAGGCGCGAUUGGGACGAUAGGAGCCGGACUAGUCGGACGCGGAGUAGGAGCCGCUCGCCCAUGCGCGACAGGGAUAGGGACAGGGACCGCGAUCGGGAACCCCGGGAUAUGUAUCGCAGAUAG